AAGUUGACGUUCCGCACCAUCGUUCUUCCGUGGCAGGUUGACCUAACCGUCUUUUCCUGCUGGUUCAUUCAUGCUGUAAAAUUUGUUGUAAUUCAAGACGCACAAAUUUUACCUGUUGCUUCUACGGUCUUUGAAUCUUUUGGCAAUUCCUCUAAUAAUAACAUUUCCCGACCAUCAUGCUGAGAUCACAACUGCAGUUAUGGCUACUGUUAAUGUGGUUUUCUGCUGAAGCGGUACAGUGCUAUGUACGAAUAGCCAAUGGCCUACAAACUCCAUCCGCUUUUCAGCAAUCCGUCUCACAAAUCAACGAUACGCUGGUCACGUUCAGCUUGUGUUCCGAUAAAAACAGCACCGAACGAUCGGCUAUGUAUCGACUACCACAGUUGGAUGGCGAGGGUGUGAUGUUCUAUGUACAGCGAAAGAAUGCUCCUUUGGAUCUGGUUGAUCUGGAAAUUAAGUCCGUUUGAGCAGCUCUUCGCGCUCCCGGAUCGUAUGGGCUACCAUCGGGUGACCAUUCACUCUGCCAAUCUCUCGGUGCCGGAAUUGGAGUCUGCUUUAAAUCAUGCAUGGAAAGCACAAUUCGAUGAGUACGCCAAUAGUUCGAGUGCAUUGCCGACCGACGCGCCGCAUGCCCGUCUAGUGACCUUUCUGAAUUCCGGGGAUACGUUGACCGUCGCAGGGUUGCCGGUUGCGCGCCUACUUUACACCUUUACACUAUCGUCAUGUCUAAUGUCUCAAGCCUGGGCGGUGCUAAAGCGAAGCCAUCUACGCCUGCGAUGACGAAACGCCGAAUUACUCAUCCAACUAAGGAGACAUUUAUGUCUAAUAUCUCAAACCUGAUCGCUAUCAAAACGGAGUCAUCUGGGAGCGCGCUGCCAAGACUACGCAUUCCCCAUCCAAAUAAGGGGACAUUUAUGCAGAAGCUGUUGGAAAAGGGUGUGCGUGUCUACGAUCAGGCAGUUGUUCCGGCUGUGCCGUUUGUUUUCCGAAUUCCUCCAAAUCAGUUGAAUUUGGACAUUCUACGAAUAGAAAGCAGUGUCCAGAAUCUCCUUCAGCUAGACGCUCUAUUUAACCGAGACCCACUGAGCUCAGAGUCAGACUGCAGUCACAACGCUGCCGUGCGCAUUGCCGGCGCGACCCCACGUGUUGCCUUGCCCAGCACCCAGUCUUAUGAGGGAACAAUAUAUGCGCAAUCACAGCAUAUACAAGGACUCCCUUCUAUCGGCGAUCCAGAAUUUUCAUUCCGUUUAUUCGCUUCGGAGACGGUUAACAUGCAACGUUUGCCUGACAUACAGAAACAAAUAGGUUGCCAACUGGAAAGCGGAUUAAGUGACGACCGUCCCCUGGGAUCCAUCUGGCCUAAUUCCAAAAUUUCCCAGCGACAGCCGAAGGCGGUGACGGUGAUACUGUGGAAUCCGGACGUGGAGAACGGUACCGCCAUCCAUUUUUUUGUCCGCGUGGUUGAUCAAGAUGACCAGGCGAUUGAUCUGGACUCCCGGAUGCUGUAUGCGGACGGAAUAUACGCGCGGCUGGAAGCCGGGCGGUAUUUCCUUAAAGAAGAGCAGACGAUUUUCGGGCCCCCUGACGGUAUUCUAUCCCGCACACCACCCGCCCUCAAAAACGACACCGAGUGGGAGGUCUUUCAAACGGACUGCAAAGAGGGACGGAAAUUCUGGGAUUUUAAACACUCUGGCUGUCCGUUACGCGACACUUUUACGCUGUAUUAUCUGACACCACCCAAUCAGAAACUGUCAAGUGAAGCCAUAAUGGAUAAUGUUACCAGAGCGCUGUCCGCCAACAAUCCCGCGACACUUGAGGGCGUUCAAUACAACAUUAGGAUAACAAAUCUGACGGAACUGUCUGCGCUUCGCACAACACGAGGGUACACGAUCACCCGCUGCGACAUGGCCGUCACGGCGUCCGACUUGACGAAAGGCCGCAUCGAGCACGUCUGGCGAUUUGCAGAUUUCUUGUACACCGUCGAGCUGAAAAACGUAUUUCGCGUCUACCCAGAUCCACCAAUCAAUUAUCAACUCCUGCCGGCUUUCGAGAAUUUCCUCAAAAUCUCCUUUCCAGUCGAUGAAGUCCACAUCUGGAACCCUACUCUCAAUAGCACCGCCAUUAAUUUCCUGUUUAUCCGCAAUGGAGCCACGGUGGAUCCCACGGAUGAGCUGGGAGAAUAUACCUAUGUUUUCCUGCUGCGCCGGAGAUUAUCCCCACAUACAUUAGCCGCUAAUCUCAAUCCUCUGGUACCCGGUGUGCGCUUCACCCCUAAAAAGAUAUCCAACAUAACAGCACCGAAUUGCUUUAACCAGUCUCUCCCCGGGUCAACCGGUUGUCCCUUGCCCCGCACGUUUGCACUGUAUUUAAUGAAAAUUGAACCGGAAUUCACUCAGUCUACCGAAAAACCAACGGAUGUGAGCGGAUGGAAUUUGAAUGCGGAAGCCGUUCUUGCGGCGGUUGAUAAAGCGUUUACCGAUUCCAAUCCGAUAACCGUGGAUGAUCUGUAUUUAAACGUCACACUAACCGGACAUUCCGCUGAUUUUGUGCUGCCUAAAGGGGAAACGGUGGAUAAGUUUGAGUUUAACCUAACUUAUCCGGAAAUGGACUCUGAAAAAUAUUGGAAUCUCUGGCGUUUUCCUGAUAACGUAACAUUGGAAGCGUAUUUGCGGAACAAUGCCAGCGCUGUUCUCGUCAAACAGGAAUUCUAAGGACACCACGAAAACUGUUAUUAAGUGAAUUUCGAUGGUGCAGGACUGCAGCCGCACAAACAUAGCACUUGUACUAUGAUUACUGAAGGUAUCGGAGAUACGGUUCAAAACCGUCUGGACCGUCUGGUUGUGUAAACUAUAAAUGCAUCCACUGAUUUCGUGUGUGGUGAAUUUCCGGAAUAUUAGAGAAUCCCAGAAAAAGACCUCGAGAGACAGCAUAACAGACCUGUAACUCAGGAAAAGGAUAAGCGCAACAGUUUACCAGAUUAACAUUAUACUUCGUGUUUUCUCGUAUUUUGCUCGCUUUAAGUUUACGUUUUCAUGUUUUGCUCACGCAUCGCAAAACAAACGCAAUUAAGAGCAGUACAAAAUCCUGCAAAGAAUCCCAAACGGUUUAAUAUUACAUAUUUCACCACCGUGGCCUAAAGCCGAUUUUGACAAUGUUAAUCCUCUUCUCCUUUAAAAAUAGAACAAGAUCUCUGGACGAUGUAUUUUUCUUUGAGGUGUCGAUUGUCGAUGAGU